UUCUCUCAUUCUCCUCUACAAAAGCCUCUGUCUAGAACCCUUCAUUUUCUCUUACACCAAAGUCAAAAUCUUCUUCCAAUGGCGUCAGCGGUCUCCAAUGGCAGCUCAGGCUCUUCCCUCAUCGUCAGCUUCGGCGAGAUGCUGAUCGACUUUGUCCCCACCGUCUCCGGCGUGUCCCUAGCCGAGGCACCUGGUUUCUUGAAGGCACCGGGUGGUGCACCAGCCAACGUCGCAAUAGCCGUUGCUAGGCUCGGUGGGAAAUCUGCCUUCGUCGGUAAGCUAGGGGAUGACGAGUUCGGCCACAUGCUCGCUGGGAUCUUGAAGGAAAACGGCGUGAUCGGUAACGGUAUCAACUUUGACAAAGGAGCAAGGACUGCUUUGGCGUUCGUGACUCUACGCGCUGACGGAGAACGUGAAUUCAUGUUUUACCGUAAUCCUAGCGCUGACAUGCUCUUGAAACCUGAAGAGCUGAAUCUUGAACUCAUUAGAUCUGCCAAAGUUUUCCACUAUGGAUCAAUAAGCUUGAUAGUGGAGCCAUGCAGAUCAGCACAUCUCAAGGCAAUUGAAACGGCAAAGGACGCAGGAGCCCUGCUAUCCUAUGACCCAAAUCUGAGGCUGCCAUUGUGGCCUUCAGCUGCGGAGGCUCGUGAACAGAUAAUGAGCAUUUGGGACAAGGCAGAGGUGAUCAAAGUCAGCGAUGUUGAGCUUGAGUUCCUGACUGGAAGUGACAAAAUAGAUGAUGCUGAUGCCUUGUCACUUUGGCAUCCUAACUUGAAGCUUCUUUUGGUCACCCUUGGUGAGAAGGGUUGCAGAUAUUAUACCAAGAAUUUCCAUGGAUCAGUGGAAGCUUUCAAUGUCAAAACUGUGGAUACAACAGGUGCUGGCGAUUCAUUUAUCGGAGCUCUAUUAUGCAAGAUUGUGGAUGAUCGAUCUAUAAUUGAGGAUGAAGCAAGAUUAAGGGACGUGCUCAAGUUCGCAAAUGCAUGUGGAGCCAUUACAACCACCAAGAAAGGAGCUAUCCCUGCCCUUCCUACCGAGCAGGAAGUCCUCGCCCUAAUCAACGGCUCAAAAUAGACAAUUUCAAGUAAUAAUUGUGCCUUUUUAAUAUUCUCUUUUUGUUUGGGUAGCAAUUGCUUCCCAACUCAAAAUGAAAGUUCUCUUCUUGUCUCUCCAAAAUGUAACGCUGAAAGACUCUGCUUUAAGGUCUGCCCAAUAAACUUUUUGAUGUUGUGUAAAGGAAAAACUAAAUUUUUGAUAGACUAAAUAACUUCUUAUUUAUAUAUUAUAGCUUUUAGAUUCUACUA